AUGACAACUGAGCUGAUGUCGUUAGUUCAGGGGAAGGACGAUCCCCUGUGGGAGUUCAUCACCAGAUUUAACAAGGAAGCAACAACCAUCCCUAAUAUGAGUCAGGAGGUAGCAUUACUUAAAAUGCAGAGCGUUUUAUUACCAGGCUCACCAUUCAGAGCGUAUAUGGGGCGUAAGAGCCUUAAAACAUUAGCUGAAGCGCUAGGUAAAGCGCAUGAGUUGAUCAAAGCAGAUGAAACUGAUAGAGCAAUGCUGAGUAGGAAGGCACCAGGUGACUCAGUUAAGCGGGAAGAGGUUACCCGGGCUGAGAACACACCCAGGGCUGACCAGACGAGCAAGGCUGAGCAAAUUCAUAGAGAAGCGGAUAGAGCAGUGGGGGUGAGAAGGUCAGACCCAAAGAGAGGGGCAAGGUAUGGAAGGUUCGAUCAAUAUACCCCACUAACCCACUCAAGGUCUCAUAUCUUCAGCGUGAAUAAAGCUGGUGAUAAGUGGCAGAGACCCCCAAGGAUGGUCAAUAGGAAUCGUGAUACCAGCAAGUGGUGUGACUUUCAUAGAGACCAUGGCCACACCACCAAUGAAUGCACACACCUGAAAGAUAACAUAGAUGAUUUAGUCAGGAGAGGGUACCUGAGUCAGUUUAAGCAGCGCGAUGACACUCCUAGAAGAAGGGACGAGGAUAGAACAGGUUGCGCUGACCGCUGA